AUGAGCAUCGUGUUCGGAGGAAGUGAGGCCUCCCCGGCCCACUUCAAAUCGGGAGUGGUCGAAGAUAGUGCUUUAGAUCUUUUUACAGUACCACCUACCAACAUCACUUACAAUGGAUACCGCAUCGUGGAAAUCAAUCCGACCAGUGAAAGUAUUACCCCUAUAGAAUUCGUGAUACCAGGCAGUCGUGAAUACAUUGAUUUUAGUCGAAGUUAUUUUCGUAUGGAUUUGAUUCUGAAAAAAACCGACGGAGGAAAUCUGGUGGAUGGAUCGCAACGAUGGUUAGCUCCAAACGCAUUUCACACCAUCAUCAAACAACCUUCCAUCUACGUCAAUGGGACUCUCACCACCGAGCAAACAGACACCUACGCUUACAAAGCAUAUCUGGAAACCAUACUCAAUUAUGGAACAGAAGAUGAAGAAACGAUUCUCAAACCUCAAGGAUAUUACUCAGCUCUAAAUCAUCCAGGUAGCGACCUGACGGUCAAUCAAAUCGACAGUGCCACACCUCAUAACGACUACAAUGCACUAUCGAAAGAACGAAAAAAAGCAGUCGACGGUCUCUUGGAAAUGAAAGACAAAACCACGGGAGGAAAAACCAUUCAGUUGUUUGGGUUACCGCAUGUAGAUUUGUUCAAUACGGGUAGAAUGCUUAUACCAGGAGUCGAUCUGAGAAUGAGGUUAACACUCAACGACCCUAAAUUCUUCAUGAACGGACUGGCUGCAGUGGCCACCAACGUCAGGUUACAAGCCGGUGAUUUGAAAAUGAAAUUCUAUGCCUGCAUGGUCAAAGUCAGGUCAGACGUGUACAAUAAAAUCGCUACAGCUACAGUGCAGAAAAAUCUGGAUGUGUAUUACCCCACCGUCAGAUCAGAAAUCAGGACCUACACCUUGCAAAACAAUCACACUAACUUUGAAGCUACAGACGUGUUCAAUGGAAGAGUCCCGGACCGCGUGGUGGUAGGAUUAGUCUAUCAAGAUGCUUUCUCAGGCAAUUACGCCUACAAUCCUUUCAAUUUCCCAAAAUUUGAUGUCAGCGGUAUCAAACAGAUUGUGGAAGGGGAAGAGUACCCGUAUCAACCUUUGCAACUUAUUGCAGACAACAGUCAAUAUGACAUGUCAGGGUAUCACAGACUUCUCAGUGCCAAUUGUUCAGCCUACCGAGGAAGAUGUAUGAUCAAACCAGAACAUUGGAGAGACGAUCAUCAUACCACAUUAUACAUGUGGGAUAAUGUUGCCUCUGGAUGUGCAGACAGUGUACAAUUGAACCCUAAACAAGAAGGGCGUGUCAAAAUCGCCAUUACAAAGACAGCUGUCAAUUCGUUAAUCACCGUCAUCGUCUACGGUGAAUUCGAAAACAUGAUGCAGAUAAAACCCACGGGUAGUACUCAGUACGACAUUUACAGUCAAACGAUUGCACGAAGAAUCCAGUAAGAAAAAAGAAGAAGAAAAAAGAGGCCAUGGAAUUCGGUCCAUUUACUACAGAACAAUUAUCUUAUCUCGCCAAACAAGAUCCAUAUCUAACACCUAUUUUCGCAGGAGUAUUUGCAGCCGAUGAAUUACCGGGAUUACCAGAACAAUGGAAAAAAAGAGCUUACAUCGUCAACACCGACCCCAUCGAUAAACCCGGAUCUCAUUGGUUGGCUAUUUUCACCAAAAAACACACUUGCGAAGUCAUGGACAGUUACGGAUUACCGUUAAAGUGGUACAAACCAUCCGAUGUAGUGGAAUGGGUUUUCGAAAACUUUGAAAUCGUACGCAGUAACGCAACGACAUUGCAAGAAAUGAACUCACAAUCGUGUGGGCAGUAUGCAUUGAUGUAUUUGAAAGCUAACGCCAGGGGUCAAAGCAUGCAGGAUUUCAUAAGUGUAUUUAAAAAAGGGGAUUUUGUGUUCAAUGAUCAUUUGGUGGGGGAAAUGAUCAAACCGUUAUUAAAUUCAAGAGUUGAAAAUCUUAAAUGUUGUAAACAAGACAAUAACAGGUCUUGUCCGUUGGAUAUAUAAAUAAAAAACACUUUUUUAGUUUACACGCAGAAAAAAAUUCGUGAUUUUAUGUACACCGUUUCAGUUUCAAAGUCCGUGUAGCAUCAUGGUCGUGGGACCUUCUAGUUGCGGUAAAACGGUGUUCGUAGAAAAACUGAUGAGAGAAAGAAGUCGUUUGUUUACUCGUCCCUAUAAUCCCGUAGUCUAUUGUUACGGUGCUAACCAACCCACGACAUUUGAAAGAAUGAAAAAAGAACAAGGCAUCCAUUUCCACGAAGGAAUUCCAGAUACCCAAUUAUUAGAAAAAUGGUAUAAGAAAACAAUGGGUGGAGUUUUGAUCUUAGACGAUCUCAUGCGCGAAGGAAGUGACGACCAUAGAGUCUUAGAUCUGUUUACCAGAUAA